AGGCGGCUGCAGAGCAGGACAGAAUCCGGCAGAGCGGCCCGGCGGGCGGCGCGCGAGUGGGCGCAUGGAGGGCGCUGGCGACGAGCGGGCGCCGCUGCUGGGCGCGCGGCGGACGGCGUUCGCCGGCCGGCGCGCAGCGUGCGCGGCCGUGCUGCUGACGGAGCUGCUGGAGCGCGCCGCCUUCUACGGCGUCACGGCCAACCUGGUGCUGUUCCUCAACGGCACGGCGUUUGGCUGGGAGGGCGCGGAGGCCAGCCAGGCGCUGCUGCUCUUCAUGGGCCUCACCUACUUGGUGUCGCCGUUCGGGGGCUGGCUCGCCGAUGCGCGGCUUGGCCGGGCGCGCGCCAUCCUACUCAGCCUGGCGCUCUACUUGCUCGGCAUGCUGGCCUUCCCGCUGCUGGCCGCGCCCGCUACACGCUCGGCGCUCUGCGGGGCCCCCGGCCCUACGAACGUCCGCAAUUGCUCGGCGCCGCCGUGCACCGACGCACCCGCUCGCUACUGCGCGCCCGCAGUGCUUUCCGCGCUCGCGCUAGUGGGCCUGGGCGUGGGCGCGGUCAAGGCCAACAUCACGCCCUUUGGCGCAGACCAGGUUAAAGAUCGGGGUCCAGAAGCCACGCGAAGAUUUUUUAAUUGGUUUUAUUGGAGCAUUAAUCUGGGAGCGAUCGUCUCGCUGGGGGGCAUUGCCUACAUCCAGCAGAACGUGAGCUUUGUCACCGGCUACGCCAUCCCUGCUGUCUGCAUCGGUGUCGCUUUCGCGGUCUUCCUGUGUGGCCAGACCUUCUUCAUCACCAAGCCGCCCGACGGCAGCGCCUUCACCGACAUGUUCAGGAUACUGGUGUAUUCCUGCCGCCCCCAGAAGCGCAUCAGGGAGCCCAGUCCUAGCGGUGAAGGCAUUGGAGUCUUUCAGCAAUCUUCUAAACACAGUCUGUUUGAUUCAUGUAAGAUGUCUCGAGGAGGGCCAUUCCCGGAAGAUAAAGUGGAAGAUGUGAAAGCUCUUGUCAAGAUUGUCCCCGUUUUCUUGGCUUUGAUACCUUACUGGACAGUGUAUUUUCAAAUGCAGACGACGUAUGUUUUACAGAGUCUUCAUUUGAAGAUUCCAGAAAUUUCCAGUAUUACAACCAAUCCUCAUACGUUUCCGGCAGCCUGGCUGACCAUGUUUGAUGCUGUGCUCAUCCUCCUGUUAAUUCCCCUGAAAGAUAAACUAGUCGAUCCCAUCUUGAAACGAAACGGCCUGCUCCCAUCAUCCUUGAAAAGGAUCGCCGUGGGGAUGUUCUUCGUGAUGUGCUCAGCCUUCGCCGCAGGGAUUUUGGAAAGCAAGAGGCUGGACCUCGUGAAGGAGAAGACCAUCAACCAGACCAUCGGAAACGUCGUGUACUACGCCGCGGACUUGCCCAUCUGGUGGCAGGUCCCGCAGUACGUGCUAAUCGGCGUCAGUGAAAUAUUCGCCAGCAUCGCAGGCCUGGAAUUUGCAUACUCGGCUGCCCCCAAGUCCAUGCAGAGCGCCAUCAUGGGCUUGUUCUUCUUCUUCUCUGGCGUUGGAUCCUUUGUGGGCUCAGGACUGUUGGCGUUGGUGUCUCUGAAGGCCAUCGGGUGGAUGAGCAGCCACACGGACUUCGGCAACAUCAACGGCUGCUAUUUGAACUAUUACUUUUUCCUUCUGGCGGCCAUUCAAGGAGCCACCCUCCUGCUUUUCCUUAUUGUUUCCGUGAGAUACGACCAUCAGCGGUCAAGAGCGAACGGCACGCCCGCCAGCAGGAGGACCUGACGCUCCCGCACCCCUGUCGGGUCUGAUGGACGGACGGAUCCGGGGGAAGGGGCUGCGGGGGCUCGGAGAGUGGAUGGCUGACUUUCCUGAGACUUGGCAUGACACCAGGAUUGGUCUCUUCUUUUAUGGGUGACCUAGGUGAGUGCCUUCCUGCGGUUCAUCUCCUGCUGCCCGGGCCUUCCUGGAGCAGAUGCACAGGCUGCCGCAGGCUUCUCGCCACCGAAGACCCCGGCUCACCCUACAGCUAGUCUCCUCUAGCUGACAGCGACACCCGCAGACAGUGACACCGAGUCUCCGGAGACGACACCUAUGCGGGUUGGCAUCCCAGUAUUUUAAACAAGUAUCUCAUCUCCUUCCUGUAAAACUGCGCUCACCUUCUUUCUUGAUGAAUAGAUACCUGUUUCCAUUGAAGAACAGGAGGAUUUGUUAAGAAAUGAAAGGGUGGUCAAGUGCACGAAGUUUUAUAGAGAAGUCCUGCUCAUGGUUUCUCUCCUAAGCCGCAAAUCUUGCCAACACCAGGUUCCUCGGUACAGGCCGGAGGUGAAUGCAUUUUAUCUGCUGCUGCAAAUAGUGCUAACAUUUUAAACCGUUGAGAUUGCUUUCCUAUUGUUUCCUUAAGAACAUGAUGUUGUACUAAGAACUGUUUAAGACCGUGUGUUCAUCUCAACCUGUGAAGCAGCCUGACACGUGUUUUAAAACCUCGCCUAGUCAAUGCUCGUGUACGAUUUCACUGUGGUACCACUGAGUCUGAAGACCCGCUUGAGGGGGGAAGGACCCUCCCUGAAGAGCACUGGCGCGAGCGGGGACGGUUGGCAGUGUUCACUGUGAAGCUGAACUGUCGACAGUCGCAGGCUCUGGGCGGCAGGGCUGUUACACAAUGAGGGGUUUCUCGUUUUGUCUAAUAAACUCUUCUUCAUUUGUUGCUGUGCUUUUGGUAUAACUUUAUUAUAAAAAACACCUUGAUUUUGAG